AUGAAGCUUACCAUCUACUCGCUUGCUCUCCUCUCCGUGGCCUCCUACGCUGUUGCGGCUACUCUCUCGCUCUAUGAGAAGUAUAACAAAGCCACCAGUGAGCUCGAGGGGGAAAUCAUGACCAUCGACACGGACCAAAAGGUCUCAAAAUGGGUCGACUUACCGAAGGUGGCAGUGGGAUACACCCUCGAGGGAGAGAUUGGUACCAAGUACACCGUGAAGAUCGGCAUAGUGCAGCCGGUCCCAGGCACGGCCGAAUACAUACAGCUCACGGAGACUGAGGACGAGGGUUGGAAUCUUUUCCGCACCGGCGGAUCCAAGGUCCAGGUGAACAACUACAAGAUUAAGAAGAGUCUCAUUUGA